CCAGCUUUAGAUUUUUAGAUUAUUAAAUUCACUUAAUUAAAUUAAAUUAUUAACAAACUAUGAAAAGAAUGUUGAAGAGAUAUAUAUGCUGUCUCUCCCUGACUCUCCUUCAUCUGACACUGGCAGCCAUCAUUGAUCAAUCUCAAAACACCAGGGGCCCAGACAAAAAUCAUGAGAAACACUUUGUAGAAGAUGAACAUGGACAACUCCACCACAACCCCCAGUUUGACAGGGAGGCGUUCUUAGGGAAAGAAAGUGCAAAAUCAUUUGAUCAACUAACACCAGAAGAAAGCAAAGAAAAAUUAAAGUUGAUUGUUGAGAAGAUCGACACAGACAAGGAUGGUUAUGUAGACAAGGCUGAGUUAACAACUUGGAUUGAGCACGCGGAACAGGUCUACAUCAAAAUGAACAUCAACAAACAGUGGAAGGACUACCAGAGGACUGAUGACUCCAACAUCAAGUUGUCAUGGAAACAGUACAAGGAGCGCAUGUACGGGUCAGAAGAUGCAGUGCCCGACGUGAUGGGCCUACCGAACGAUUACAGAGAGAUGCUGAGGAAAGAUGAGAGGAGGUGGAAGCGGGCUGAUGUCGACGGCGAUGGCGAGCUCUCAAAGGAUGAGUUCAAGGCAUUUAUUCAUCCGGAAGAAUUCCAACAUACAGCGGAUUUGGCUGGAAUUGAAACGAUGGAAGAUGUUGAUAAGAACAAAGAUGGCAAAGUGACUAUUGAAGAAUAUAUAGGUGAUUUAUGGCCUCGAUCAACUGAGGAGGAUGAAGACGAUGAGGAGGAGCCAGACUGGGUGAGGAAGGAGAGAACAUACUUUGCAGAGCACCGGGACCAAAAUAAAGAUGGCUUCAUGGAUUUGGAGGAGGUGCAGGAAUGGAUCAGUCCAAAGGAUUUCAAUAAUGCUGCUGUUGAGUCGGAACACCUCAUAAAUGAGGCCGACCAAGACCAAGAUGGAAAAUUGACAAUGUCAGAAAUAUUGGACAAUUACAGCAUUUUUGUUGGCAGCCAGGCCACCGAUUAUGGAGAGGCUCUCGUCAGGCACGAUGAAUUCUAACCUUCACAACUAUUAUCAUUCACUUUUCAUUUAACAUCCACUUUUGUUUAUUCGCUUUGUUAGUUGUUCGUCCUCUAAAUGUCCAUUCAUUUACUCAUUGGUUAUUCACUCCUUUAUUUCAUUCAUAUAUUCGUCAAUGUUUCUGUCUUGUGUUUGUUUCUUUGUUAUCGUCUUUAUGAUUUUGUCAAAAUUUUUGUUAUCGUCAUCAUUAUUUUUGUUGUUUUUGUUUCAUUUCAGUUAUUUAAAUGAUAUUUUGAUCUAACGGGCAACUGUGAAUGAAUAGAUCGAUGAAUGAAUGUUGAAGAGACGAAGAAACAAUUGAAUUAUUAACCAAUUAACCAAAACCCAACCAAUUGUUGCCUUAUUUUACGUCAGUAUUAUGAUUUACUUUUUGUUUCUGAUGUGUUCAUAUACAUUCUCACACAUCAUUUGUUCAUGUUUUAUUAUAGUUCAGCCCCUUAGUAUUAUAUCAUUUACCUUUUUAAUAAAUUUUACUUAAUUUAACUUUUAUUUCAACCUUUAUUAAUUUUAAUCAAAAGGCCUUUUGUUUUUACAUUUUCAACGACUAUUUUUUUUAUAUUAUUAAACAUAGUUGAUAGAGUUAUUUGUUAUUGCUGCAUAUUCAUGAGUUACGUAUGAUCUUUACCAACGUACGAUCUGAAUGUUGCUCUCUGAUGAUUUGUGUUUUAUUGAGGGGUUGUUCAUGUGUUUUGUAACAUCUUUGUGAAAUAAUAUAUAUAUAUAUAUGUAUAUAUAUAUAAUUCAGAUCGUCACAGUGAUGCGAUGAAAUAAUUUGAAAAUGUAGCGAGUGAAAUUCA